GCGCCCUGACCGUUUGUCCCCACAGAAGAUGGCCCCGACCUGCUUGCGGACCCUGCUGAGGUGCCGGUCCUUCGCCAUCCUCUUCCUCACGCCGCUGCUACUUCUGCCGCUGCCGAUCGCUGUGCCGACGCGGGGGACUGGAGCAGCUCCUUCCUGCACCUCAUCCCUGAAGCAUUUCUGCCACUCGGUCCCAGAUGUCAGGAGCGUGUGUUGCAGGUUGCACUCCAAAAUCUUCAGGCACUGGUGCUCAGCAGCCCAACUCACAGAAGGAGCUCUGUGCCAAUCUCUAUUCACCCUAAGGGUUGUGCCACUGCCAGGACCCGGGGCUCCCAUGGACCAAACCUGUCUUGCAAAUUGGAUGCAAUUCUUUUUGGGCGAAAGAUAAAUAUACACAUAACUGGCCUGCACAGUUAGAAUUGUGUCUUGCACUAUCUAGUAGUGGUGGCAGUGGACCGAAGACAGGACUUCUGGGUUCUCCAGCCCACUCUGCUGCUGAGGCUCUGAUACACUUCAGGGAGAGUUGCUGAGUUGCAUUCUUCAUCAGUGGUGCAGCCAGGAGCUGUGCAUUGUGUGUUAUGCAGUGAUCAUAACAGGUUUCAAAUGCAAUAUUCUCCAAUUCACAUCCAUCUUACUCUAGUAGCGGUGAUUGCACAACUCUUUUGCUUUCAGUGGAGCUAUACCAGCAUAAAAUUGGACUAACCCAGUGAAGAGUUUGGUCUCUAAUGUCUAGUAGCAUUCUUGGCAAAAUGUGAAGGGUUUUUUUUGGGGUAUUUUAGCCUACUAGAGCUUUAGCGGCUAUUCUAAUGCUAAAAGCAGCCUUUCUUCUGAGUGAUCUGUAUUGCUCAAUGUAUUAUAAAGUGCAGGAAAAUGUCAUGCAUAUUUAUAAAGCCAAGCUUGCCAGCCAUUCUGGUUCACCUGUCUAAGUAAUAUUCGCACUGCCUUUCAGUUGAAUGCUAGUGCUUUACAGAAAGAGGAAUUCCUGCCUGUUACACACUGCUUUGAUCAACACGGAGAUAAUUUCCCUAAAAAAAUAAGUAUGGCUUAAAUUUUUGGUAUUUGUAGGAACGUUAAGUCAUCAGUCUAAUCUGGGAAAUUACAGUAUUUCACAGUGGGAGAGGAAUAUUUCUGUUAGUGAUUGCUUUUUCAGCUCUCAGUGAGAAGGCAGCUCACUGUGUCUGCUGUCAGCUGACUAGACAGUGAAGAAACAUUCUGCGACUGUUCCCAUAAAUCACAGACAGAUAUAGGUAUAGAUACAGAUAUAUAUUUCAUUCCAGAUCCUUGGUUGUUUGAAUUGGUUAUGGUGGUUUGAGUUAAUUUAUAAGCAUGGUUGUAUUUUUGAACUUCAUAUAAAUUAUUUACUCUCCACUCUAUGGAACCAAAGUUUCUUCCGUAUUGUGAAUUUUAGUCACUUAGGGUUGUUUAUCUGUUUUUCAUACUGGCAAAGAUUAACUACAGUCAGUUCUAGCACUUGGCUACUGUGGUGUAGCAUAAAUUCUGUCAAGAGCUCACCUCAUACUUGUUAAGGGAAGAGACCUAUACAGGAUGUGUCUGAUAUCUUUUAGUGUCUGAAGAAAUAUUUUUGUCAAAACUUGUGCUCUAAUUCAUUCCUGGAAACCUGGAGGGAAAAAAAAAAAUAAAUCUGAUUACUGACAAAGGCUGUUUUCUAGUUCCUCAGCUUCUCAACAAAAUGAAGGAAAACACACCCCUAUUUAUAAAUAUCACCUUACAGCUCUUUUUAAAUGUCACUGUAACACCAUUUAUUUUUGCAAUAGAGUCCCAUUUGUUGUUUUAGAAUAAAAUCCUGUAAACACAUACUCUAAACAUGAGGAGAUUCUGGGCUACAGAACACUGACUGAAGCUUUAAAACCCUGUUUACUGUUGGCUAAUGAAUGCUUGCUUCUCUGAACAGCUUUGAAAGUACAAACCAAGAAGGGCUAUCUAUCUUACAGGAAUGCCUGAUCAACUGUGUAAAAAGGUUACAACAUUUUUAAUCUAGGGAAUCCCCUUUCCCCAUCUAGGUAAGCACAGUCUGAAUUGGGAAAGUAAUGAAAUACCUCUGAUGUGCUUAGUCACAAAAAAAAAAAAAAAAAAGGCAAAAGGAUUUUACUUUAAAAGUUACCUUAAAAAGUUAAGAACUUUUAAAUUAUUCAGUGAUAAUAGUUAGAACUUUCGAAUGAUUCAGCGACAAUAGUUUCUGGGCUCAGGUGUGCCAGUGGACACACCUCAAAGACUUGUGAAUUUCACACAAGCUAAUCACAUGCACUGGGAAAUUUGGCCAUCCAUUUCAAAAUAAUUAACUCAAAAUAGAAAUGCCCAAAUCUACAAACAUGAUUAACAAUUCUUGGCUCCUAGAUGUGAAAUCUGCUCACCUCAGCUGCCAAAAGGUAAUUGCACAGUGCAAACUGUACGUACCUAGUUGUGGAAGGUUUGUUUUUCUCACACUGUACAUUUUGGGAGGGUGCAUUAAAACAAAUACUGUGGUCAAAAAGAUCUUUUCAUGCAAGCAACUUCAGAACAAGGUUUAAAAGUACAAGUUUAAAUCCUCAGGUUUUCUGCUACCUAUUUCAGCAUAACUGGUUAAACUACAGACAAUGGAGUAUUCAGGCCUUUUGUAAGAGCUACCAACAUGUUUCUUUAAGAAUAAUUUUCUGUGCUUAAAUGUGUCUUCCAUUAUAUUGCAGGAGGCCAAAUGUGCGUAUAUGAUCAUCAUCAUGGCUGUGUACUGGUGCACUGAAGUGAUCCCACUGGCUGUUACCUCCCUCAUGCCUGUGGUAUUUUUCCCUCUGCUUGGAGUUCUGAGCUCUAAAUCAGUGUGCUUUCAGUACCUAAAUGACACAAGCAUGCUCUUCGUUGGAGGGCUGAUUGUUGCAAUUUCUGUUGAACAUUGGAAUCUUCACAAAAGGAUCGCGCUGAAGGUCCUGCUGAUUCUUGGGGCGAAACCUGCACUCCUCAUGCUGGGAUUUAUGAUUGUCACUGCUUUCCUGUCCAUGUGGAUAAGUAACACAGCCACCACUGCUAUGAUGGUUCCCAUUGUCCAGGCUGUCCUGGAUCAGAUGGACAACACAGAGUACAAUAUGACCAUGAUGGAACAAGCAACUGGGCAAACAAACAAGGUGAUCGAGCUGGAGGAAAAGAAUGCAUCAGAUCCCACUUCAGUGCAUGCCAUAAGCAGUGGACAAGACCCCGAUGACCCCAGAUCUGACGAAAAGAAGAGGAAGAAGCAGAUAUGUAAGGGAAUGACACUUUGCAUAUGCUAUGCUGCCAGCAUUGGAGGAACUGCAACACUCACUGGAACAGCACCAAAUGUGGUAUUGAAAGGCCAGAUGAAUCAGUUAUACCCCAACAAUAAUGAUAUUGUGAAUUUUGCUUCCUGGUUUGGGUUUUCAUUCCCAAACAUGAUUCUGAUGUUGGUACUAGCUUGGCUUUGGUUACAGUGCUCCUUCAUAGGACUCAACUUUAAGGAAAGCUGGGGCUGUGGAGUAGAGAAAAGUGAUAAAGAAAAAGCUGCGUACAAUGUGCUGAAGACAGAAAUGAAGAAGUUAGGCCCUAUCUCUUAUGCUGAAUUCAAUGUCCUCCUAAUGUUUAUUUUGCUGGUUCUCUUGUGGUUUUCCAGACACCCAGGCUUUAUAAAAGGCUGGGCCGCCGGAAUCUUCCCAGGAGGAGAAAAGUAUAUCACUGAUUCUGCUCCUGCUAUGUUUAUUGCCUUGCUACUCUUUAUCCUUCCUGCUAACAAACCCAAAUUCACGGGCUGGAAUGCAAGCACGUCUGACCCUGAACAGACUAAAGAAGAUGUAAAAAAGCCAUUUUUAUCAGACCCGCUGCUAGAGUGGAAUGUGGUUCAAAGGAAGAUGCCCUGGAGCGUUGUGCUGCUGCUGGGAGGAGGUUUUGCUUUGGCUGAUGCAAGCGCAAAAUCUGGGCUCUCAGUUUGGCUGGGUCGUCAAAUGACUCCAUUAGGAUCCAUCCCACCAUGGGCCAUUGCAACGGUACUUUCACUUAUAGUAGCUGUCUUCACGGAAUGCACCAGCAAUGUAGCCACAGCCACCCUCUUCCUACCUGUCUUUGCAUCCAUGGCUGCAUCUAUCAAAAUCAAUCCUUUGUAUCUUAUGCUGCCUGGUACUCUCAGUACUUCCCUUGCCUUCAUGCUACCUGUUGCAACACCGCCAAAUGCGAUAGUGUUUUCCUAUGGCCACAUCCGUGUUUGGGAUAUGGUUAAAGCUGGAGUAGUGAUGAACAUCAUUGGAGUCUUCUGUGUCUCAGUGGCCAUCAACACAUGGGGAAGACCUAUGUUUGGGCUGGACACAUUGCCAACCUGGGCAAACACCACAGCUAUCCCGUGAGCGGUGAAGAAUUCAUGUGUUCAACAAGGAAAGGACCCUUAAUACUCCUCCUUAUUGCCCAAAGCCCUAUACAGAGUCUCUUCACCACUUCAGAUCUAGCGUCAGGUGUUUGUUUCCUUCUGGGAGGCACACAUCAGUUCAGGAUGAACCAGCUGUUCUAUCAAAUGGUUUGAACUAUCCUAUCACCAGUAUGGACUGGUAAAUCAUUAGCAUUGAGCACUGCACUCAAGCAGGGACUGAAAAUUCAUUACCUGUUACUUACAUCCACAAGUCAGCAGCUAUACAAAGAAAUCCCUGUUGUCACUUGUCUAGUGAAAGAAGGGGUAUACUAUGUUAUGUUAUGUUAUGUUAUGUUAUGUUAUGUUAUGUUACGUUGCGUUAUGUUAUGCUAUGCUAUGCUAUGUUAUGCUAUGUUAGGUUAUGUUAUGCUGUGUUAUGUUAUGCUAUGUUAUGUUAUGUUUCUGCGCCUGAGGAACAUUUAAGGAAUGGAAAUACGAAGGGUAAGUGGUUGGUUUGUUGGGGGUUUUUUCGGCUGUAGCUUGAUGCCCCGUAACAGCAGGAGUCAAAAGAUCAAAGACCCUGAUAAAUACUGGAAGGCAUGAAUGCCCAUAAUUACCACUGUUAUGCAGAUGAGAGCUCCGCUGUUCAUACACUUUGUGAAGCAUUUAUAAAGCCUGUGUAGCAGGGUCACUCUGUAAAGACUGUGCACUAUUAAAACCUCCAUCAGUGAGAGUACUGGAACUGUUGCAGUAAAGUUCCACCAGAAAAAGCCUGUAAUAAUAGUCUCUGGAAAUGUCUUAACUAAGAGAUUAACCAAAGAUGUACAUGAUGCCUGGACAGCUGUGCUAAUACUACUGCAAUUCUUGCACUUAGAAGGUGGUGGCAAGCAAUUUUAGGAAUAAAGACUGUUUUGACUCUUCUUCCAGAAGUGGGAAUACUGGAUUCCAGGAAUAGUGCUGUUCAAAGUGUGGGCAGGACCCAUGUUCUUCUCCUUCUCUGUCACUUCUUAAUGUUCCUGAUACACGAGAUGCCUGUUCUCUGACUGAACAGAAUGAUCUGUGAAUAACAUCUUCCCUUUACUAGCCUGUUCUGCAUAGGAGCUAUUAAAGAUUCAGUUGGACUGUUUGGUGGCACUUAAGAUAACUGUAGAUCAAAGACAACAGGUGAAAUUGUUGCUGAACAGCUAAGAGACCGUGAAAGAAAAUGGUAAAGCAGCUGCUGUAAGUAUGCUGUGAUUUAAGACAAAGCUUGGCAGCAAUUUCUACAUCUUUCUCUCUCUUUUCCAAAAUACUAAAAUGAGUCUUUCUGUGUGAGGAACAGAGGUGAUGGCAAAAGAAAAUGGUAUCCUUGAAUGCUGUUCCUAGCAAUGUGGUCUUAUUCUGUACUGUUUAAUGCUCAUACUGCAUCAACAUAGCAUCUUCCAGUAAGAACAUGGUAAUUUUUCACCUGCUUAGAGAUUUAAAAGAGCAGCACUGAAUGGAUUCAGCUGAAUGAUGAAUCUGUUACAUGGAUUGAAAAGGGUGACUCUGAAUCCCGGCUGGGUAUUUAUUCAAUUUGUACCCCCUUUCCCUUUCUUACUUGAAAUUACCUUCUGGUGAAAAAGGAUGAAACUGAUUGAAUAAAAUUCUGUUUAUUGGGACUUACUGGGCUGGAUUUUCUUUCCAACACCACCAGAUCUUCAUGUCUGAAACAGCACUGAAACCAGUGGAGAUACUUUUCAGCUAGCAUAUGCAUAUCUUUCUGUUUGGAAAGCUCCUGGUGAAGAAAAAGUGUAUUAGGUGAUCACCCCAGGAUGCUCAUCUCGCAGUAAAAUUUUCAGCUUUUCCCUCUUGAAUUUCUAAAGCAAAUCUUACAGUUGGGGUGAGGAUUGACCCAAAGCCCAGUUAAGGAAAUGCAAAGUAUUAUAUUGCUCUUAAUAUGCUCAUGAGGAUCAGAUCCCGAGACUAUUUUUCUCCUUUUCUUUUUGCAGUGGUUAAACUGAAGGAAUGCAAGAUCAGGCACCUCAGCAAUUAUAAUUAUAGUGAGGGUUAUAUUUUCACAUUUUUCUCAGUUGUGUUCUAUAUAAAACUGUACAUUAAAAAAAACUUGGAUUUU